AUGACGGGGGUGGCGCUGGUUGGUUUGCAAUUGGCAGCAUCACCGAUCCUGAAGAAGCUCCUCGUGGAUGCUUCAACAUACCUUGAGGUUGACAUGGCGAGCGAGCUCCAUGAACUGGAGACCACCAUCAUGCCGCAGUUCGAGCUGAUGAUUGAAGCAGCUAACAAGGGCAAUCGCAGGGUCAAUUUGGACAAAUGGGUCCAGGAGCUCAAAGAAGCCUUCUACAAAGCCGAAGACCUGCUGGACAUGCAUGAGUACGACAUCCUCGAGCGCAAAGCAAAGAGUGGGAGAGAUUCCUCGCCACCCCGUGCCUCAUCAAUCAGCACUAUUUUGAAGCCUCUGCGUGCUGCUUCUAACAGGUUAUCUAAUCUCCUCCCAAAGAACAAGAAGCUACUUCACCAGCUGAAUGAACUGAAGGCCAUUCUGGUGAAAGGCAGGGAGUUGCGUGAACUUCUUUGCGUACCAGUCGGUAACAGUACAGAGAGCCCCAUCAUUGUUCCUCAGGCCACAUCAUUACCACCUUUGAAAGUAAUAGGUCGUGACAAGGAUCGUGAUGAUAUAAUAAACCUUCUUACCAAGCCGGCUGCUGUUGAGACCAAUUCAGCUGUAUAUGCGGGUUUGGCCAUCGUCGGAGCAGGAGGUAUGGGAAAAUCCACCUUGGCACAACAUGUUUACAAUGACAAGACGGUACAAGAACAUUUUGAUAUCAGGAUGUGGGUGUGCAUCUCACGCAAACUUGAUGUCCAUCGUCAUACACGGGAGAUAAUCGAAUCCGCAGCUAAGAAGGAGUGCCCACGUCUUGAUAAUCUGGAUACUCUCCAGUGCCAAUUAAGGGACAUACUGCAAAAAUCAGAGAAAUUCUUGCUUGUAUUGGAUGAUGUCUGGUUUGAUGAUUUGAGUAGUCAGAUGGAAUGGGACCAACUGUUAGCUCCUCUAGUUUCUCAGCACAAGGGAAGCAAAGUCUUGGUAACUUCUCGUCGGGAUACAUUUCCUUCCGCUCUUUACUGUGAAAAGGUGCUCCGUUUGGAAAGCAUGAAAGACACUCAGUUCUUGGCACUCUUCAAAUACUAUGCCUUCACUGGAGCACAAAUCAGAGAUCCUCCCUUGCUUGCAAGGCUAGAAGAGAUUGCAGAGGAGAUAGUUAAGAGGCUUGGACAGUCUCCUUUGGCUGCAAAAGUUGUUGGUUCCCAGUUGAAAGGGAAAAUGAAUGUCCCUGCCUGGAAAGAUGCUCUGACUUUAAAGAUUGACAACUUAAGUGAGCCCAGAACAGCUCUGCUGUGGAGUUAUCAGAAGUUAGAUCCACGUCUUCAGAGGUGCUUUGUAUAUUGCAGCUUGUUUCCGAAAGGACACAAGUAUAACAUUGAUGAGUUGGUUCACCUGCUGAUAGCAGAGGGGCUUGUUGAUCCAUGCAACCAGAAAAGGAGAAUGGUAGAUGUUGGAAAGGAUUACCUCGAUGAGAUGGUUUCUGGGUCUUUCUUGCAACCAUUUUCUGAAAGUUCUAUGGACACAUGCUACAUUAUGCAUGAUCUUCUUCAUGAUUUGGCAGAAUCGCUCUCUAAAGAUGAUUGCUUCAGAUUAGAAGAUGAUAGGGUGACAGAAAUACCAUGCACUGUUCGUCAUCUGUCUGUUCGUGUUGAGAGUAUGAAACAACAUCAGCGCAGUAUCUGCAGGAUACAUCAUUUGCGCACUGUUAUCUGCAUCGACCCACUUACUGAUGAUGUGAGUGAUCUUUUCCGUCAGGUACUGCAAAACUUGAAGAAGUUACGUGUACUCUAUUUGUGCUUCUACAAUAGUGACAAGCUACCUGAAUCUGUUGGUGAGCUGAAGCACCUUCGGUAUUUAAACCUCAUUAGAACUUCCAUUGCCGAAUUGCCUGGAUCAUUAUGUGUUCUUUACCACCUACAGUUACUUCUGUUAAACCAUAAAGUCAAGAGUUUGCCUCACAAACUCUGCAAAUUAAGCAAGUUAUGGCAUCUCGAAGGGUAUCAUGAUCUGGGAUACAGGAUGUGUGAAGUAGCUCUGCCUCAAAUCCCUUACAUAGGCAGGCUAACUUCGCUCCAGCAUGUUAAAGAAUUUUGUGUGCAAAAGCAGAAGGGAUGUGAGUUGCAACAGCUUAGAGACAUGAAAGAGCUUGGUGGCAGUUUAAGAGUCAGAAACCUGGAGAAUGUCACUGGAAAGGAUGAAGCCUUAGAGUCAAAGCUGUAUCAGAAAAUUAAUCUGGGAAGCUUGGCCCUUGUCUGGAGUUGCAAUAAUCGCAUGAAUGCAGAUGGUAGUUUACAGUUGGAGAUUCUAGAAGGUUUGAUGCCACCGCCUCAACUGAAAGGCCUUGAAAUCAAGGGUUACAAAUCUGAGAUGUAUCCAAGUUGGUUACUUGAUGGUUCGAAUUUUGAGAAUUUGGAAUCUUUUAAGCUUGUUGAUUGCAGUGUAUUAGAAGGCCUGCCACUCAACACCAAGCUCUUCAGGCAUUGCUCUGAACUGGAACUCGAGAAUGUCUGGAGUCUGAAAACAUUAUCUUAUCUUCCAGCAGCCCUCACAUGCUUGUCAAUUGGCAGUUGCCCACUGCUUACGUUUAUUGCCAGUGAUGAGCUAGAUCUGCAUGAUCAGAGGGAGAACAUCAUGAGAGCAGACUACUUGGCAUCACAACUUGCUUCGAUAUGGGAGGUGGAUUCCGAAUGGGAAAUUAAGAGAAUAUUAACGUCACAACAUUCAUCUCUGAAGCAAAUGAUGACUUUAAUGGAUUCUGAUAUGUCACAUCUUCAAACCAUUGCAAGUGCUGUAGAAAGAGAUAAUGACGAGGUAAUACUGACAGAUGAUAUCAUUAAGGCAUGGAUAUGUUGCCAUGAACAGAGGAUGAGAUUCAUUUAUGGAAGAAGCAUCGGCUUGCCAUUGGUUCCACCAUCAGGUCUUUGUCACCUUCAUCUUUCUUCACGCAGUAUUACAAAUAGGGCAUUAGCUGUUUGCCUUGAUGGUCUCACGUCACUGAGAUGUUUGGUCUUAAUGGAGAUCAUGACUUUAAGUACACUUCCAUCACAAGUGGUUCUCCAACAUUUGACAAAGCUCGAACGCCUUCACAUUUCAUCCUGCUGGUGUCUCAGAUCAUUAGGGGGGUUACGAGCUGCUACCUCUCUUUCAGAUUUUCAAUUGUUUGACUGCCCUUCUUUAGACUUGGCAUGUGGAGCAGAUUUUUUGCCAUUAUCUCUUGAGACGCUCCGGAUACGGCGUUGCAUGGUUGCAGCUAAUUUUUUCAGUAGUGUCCUGCCACUCCUGGGGGAUCUUACCAUGUUUGUCUGCAGAAGCUCUGCAUCUUUGUCAGUUGGUCGUCUGACCUCCCUUGAAUCACUAUCACUGGGAGUUUUACCUGAUCUGUGCUCUCUUGAAGGACUGUCUUCCCUGCAACUUCACUCUGUACAUUUCACAGAUGUCCCGAAGCUUGACGCAAACUGCAUUUCACAGUUCCGGGUCCAGAGAUCUAUAUAUGUUAGCAGCCCUGUGAUGCUCAACCACAUGCUCUCGGCUGAAGGCUUUACAGUUCCGCCAUUUCUGUCUCUUGAAGGACUCAAGGAAUCCUCUGUUCUAUUUGAAGAAUCUGCAAAUUUCAAAUCUGUCAAAUGCUUGAGGUUAUUUGAUUGUGAAAUGAGUUCCCUGCCAAUAAAUCUGACGUGCUUCUCCAACCUGAUGGAACUCGAAAUCUUUAGGUGUCCCAAUAUAUCAUCUUUACCAGAUCUGCCAUCCUCCCUCCAGCACUUAGUCGUGUGGGAGUCUGAACUCUUGCAGAAGAGCUGCCGAGUACCUGAUGGAGAAAGCUGGCCAAAGAUUCAGCAUAUCCGCUGGAAGAAAUUCACAUAA